AUCGCGCGUCAGAAUUGUCAGAAAAUCACGCCUAGCUCCUGACGUUUCCGGGUGUUUCCAGGCCAGGAACUUGUGUCAUCGUUAGAAUUCGGUAACGGGGUUGUUGUAAUUGUGAAUAGUUGAUACUCGGCCAAAACAACAGCUGAAAGAAAAACCAUCGAUAUGGAGCCUCAAGAUAUUUAUUACAACAAGGCGGAAUACGUCGAGACGGCUUCGGGUAACAAAGUGAGCAGGCAAACAGUGCUCUGUGGAUCACAGAACAUAGUUCUUCAUGGUAAAGUUAUCGUUCAAUCUGACGCUAUUAUCAGAGGUGACCUGGCGAAUGUUAGAACCGGCCGUUACUGCAUCAUCAGCAAGAACGUCGUUAUUCGUCCUCCGUUCAAAAAAUUCAGCAAGGGCGUAGCCUUCUUCCCUCUUCAAAUGGGAGAUCACGUGUUCGUUGGUGAGCGAGCAGUUGUUAAUGCAGCAGUCGUUGGUUCUUACGUUCACAUAGGAAAGGAUGCUCUGAUUGGAAGGAGAUGCAUUUUGAAAGACUGCUGCUUCAUCGAGGAUGGCGCUGUGGUGCCUCCGGAAACUGUCGUGCCUUCGUUCACACGAUUUGCUGGCAAUCCCGCUACCUGCGUAGAGGAUUUGCCUGAGUGUACCUUAGAUUUGAUGCUCGAUUACACUAAGAAUUAUUAUCAGCAUUUUCUACCAGCCAGAGUUUAAAAUCAAAUCUUACAUCACUUGACAGCUGGUUUGAAACUUGAUUGUAUCGGUAAUCUAACGAGUGUUUUGCUCUCGAUCCAUCGAUCUCUGCGAUCUGCUCGUUCACACUUACGUGAGUGGACACAGUUGUAACUCAUUCCCGUACCCUUUGUGUUGCGAGACACUUGAUAUGCUUUUUGAAUUGAGCUGGGGCAAAAUCUUUCAAUAAAAUCGCAUCAGCGCAUCGCGCGAAGCUAAUUUUACGUGUUUAGCACAAUCCGACAAAGGUGACUAAUCCAGUGACUAAUUGAAAUGGGCUAGGCAGAAUUGUUUCCUUAUGCGUUAAAAUAACGUGUGUCAAUGCGAUAUUAACUACUGUACGUGUAUAGUUUCCACUAAUUUAUUAUUUAUAACGAAAGAAUAUAUUAUUCGAAUGGUAUUGUGAUAUGAAAUACAUGCGACUGCAGUUUCGUUCGUAAUUGAAACCAACCAACAAUGUUACUUCUGGUUUUUAAAUGUGCACCCAAAACAUAUAUUUUUACUUCCUACAUAGACAAGAGAGAGCGUACUGCAUUCAAUCGUUAUCUUUCUUUAUCAAGAUUUUAUUAAGCAGAUACUUGAGCAUACUUUGUGACCUUUCUCAAUUGUGUCAAUUUAUGUUCGAAUAACUGGGCAAUGACUAGCGACAACUGGAGUAAAUUCUACAACUUAUAUUAGUCGUUUCAUGGACCCGGUAUUUCUAAGUCCAUUAAAACGUGCUUACUAAAAUCUACUUUCAGAAACGUGAAAAAACGAU